AUGGCGAGGAAGUUUGUUUUGAGGGUAUUUGUGUCGGCGAAACACAUGACGGCGAAUGUGGUGGAUUGGAACGAGAGGAGGGUGGUGGCGAGUGCAUCCACCGUGGAGCAAUCGAUAAGAGACGCGUUCGAUUGGGGGAGGAACUGUAACGCGAAGGCGGCGGCGUCAUUGGGGGAGGUGUUGGCCAUGCGGCUGAAGACGGAGGAGCCGGAGAUUGGACUGGGAGGUGGGGUCCACAUGGAUGUUGAGAAGGAGAUUGAGAAGAAGAGUAUGGACAGUGGGCCUGAAGUGUGGGCCGUUGUUAAGGCUUUGAGGAAUAGAGGAGUUAAGGUCUUCGUUCACAAUGAGGACAGUGUAUUGUUUGGCCAAGUUUAUUGGGUUGAGAAGACUUGUAAAUUAGGCAUUAUUAGGCUAGGAGGAAAACUAACUAGGGAAGCUCAAACCUUAUGCAAAGGUUGA